AUGAAGAACAAAUCAAGAAAGAUUCGAGAAAAACACAAGACCAGGAGUACGUCCGACAAAUGAAGGAGGGCGACACUUUUUUGGCGGAACGAUUAGAAAAGAUGAAGUUCCAAUCUAACACGCCUGUGCGCGAGCAUGUGAAAGAACAAAUCAAAAAUGCGACCAAUCGCGCAAAAGUUGACCGCACUAUUAAGAACGACACUGUCAUGCAGGCGACUUAUGCGCUCAAAUUGGAAGCGUCAAGUACUUUCUGUUUUUGAUUUUGAGUGUUUCACUUUCGCUUAUGCCUUUAUGCUCAGAAACAGACAGUUCAUCUAGAUGGGAAUCAAUACAGCCACUCUCAGUUAUAUUCUAACUCAUGAUUGAGACUACUCUUGAUAUAAUUCACUCCAUUUCAUUCGUUUCAGCGUGGAAGGAGGAAAUAUGCAAAGAAGACGGCACUUGGCAACUACGAGUUUCAAAGUUGCUCAAGUCGUACAAGAAAAUCCCUGCGGCAGAACUGCCGGACAUUAUGGUGCUUUUAGUGAUGUAUACACUAAGUAGCAUCUUCAGAAUCAAACUGCUUUUCCUGAGUAGUAGUUUCAGAAUCAAACUGCUCUUCUUGUUGAGAUAGCUCUUUCUUUAUUCCUGUGCACGUGCACCCACACACACCAUACAGACGACGCUAACGAACGACAGCAGAAAAGAGAACUUUAUUUCAUUGCCGAACUUACAAAGGGGCAUUAUCACAGUCCUAGAGGAUUUUUGUGAGGCGAAG